AUGGAUAUUGACAAGAUAGUGGUCAUGGUGUGGCAACUUUGGAAAGGUCGAAAUAGUGUGAUGUUUCUGAGAAAACAUCUUGAUGCUGAGGCCAUUUGUGAUAUGAUUGUUCGUCAUAUUUCAGUCUCUUGUUGUGCUGGUGAACAUCUUGAUAGGAAAGGGAAGGGGUUGUAUCAUCCUAUCCAAGCCCCAACCCUGGUCGGUUGGCAUCCCUCUAAACCAUUUUAUUGGAAGUUGAAUAUGGAUGCGUCAUGGAACUCUAAAAUUGAUGCAUGUGGGUUAGGGUGGGUGUUUCUUGACCAUCUGUAUCGUGUGUGCAUGGCAGGCUUAAAGUUUGUCCUUAGAUGCCAGAAGGUGAAUAUCCUUGAAGCAAUAGCGAUCUGCUUUGGGCUUGAGAUUCUGUCUUCCAUCGAUAUAUCGAAUAUUAUGGUGGAGUCUGAUUGCUUGGAGGAGGUCAUCAAUCUACUGAAUGAUGAUGUUGUUGACUUGUCUGAAGUCUCCUUUUGUAGUGAAGAGGCUAAAGAUAGAGGUGGAAACUUGGGUGUUAUCUCAUUUUCUCAUGUUCGCCGUUAUCGAAAUGUUUUAGCGUACUGA